GAGGGGACUAGCACGAAUGACGUAGCUAUAGACACAGUGUGAAAGUAUUAGAAACAAGGAGCAGUAGCCUAUUCUGUGUACGUUGAUGAAACUGUCCUCUGUUACUCAUCUCAUCGUCACCGUUGGAUUACAAAUAUAAUAAAUUCGCGGUGAAUCACGAAUUAUAGCUGAUUUGUUCGUUAAAACGUUUCGUAGGGUCAUAAAAGGAUCGUUGCUGAGAGAUAAAGCUGGAAGGCGUCGAUCGAUACGAAGGAGACACCGGCUAAGGAUGGUCGUUAAAAUCUACGUAUCGGGUAUCAGCGGGAACAAGGAAGUGAAGAAAAGACAGCAGCGGGUUUUAAUGAUAUUGGAUAGUAAAAAUGUAGAUUAUGAAACUAUCGAUAUAACCGAACCAGGAAAGGAGUUGGAUAAAGAGUUUAUGCAAAGCAAUAGCGUUGGAAGAGACAGUAAAUAUCCUUUACCACCUCAAAUAUUUAAUGAAGAUGAAUAUUGUGGGGAUUAUGAAGAUUUUGAUAUGGCUAAUGAGUUAGAUGAAUUAGAAAAAUUUCUUAAAAUAACACCUCCAGUUAGUCCAGAAGAUAUUUCUCAAGAUUCAAAAGCACAAAAUAAUGAUGUUCAAGAAAAUGGGAACACUUCGAGUCGAGAGCCAUCCACAGACAAAGAUGCAGCUACAGUAAAAUCAGAAAGCGCAGAAGAUAGAACAGAUUUGCCAAACGAUAAUGAUCCAUUAGAUGGAUCCAAACCGACAGAACUUGAUGGUGGAACAAAAGAGAAUGAAGAAGAUGUAGAACAAAUGGAAGAAACUGGCGAUAAGAACGAAGAGAAAUCUGAUGAUCAAGAAAAAGAAGAAUAGAGAAUUAUGACUAUCAUCUUUUUAAGGCUGAGUGAGUAUACUGCCACUACCACUUUUCUGAACAACAGGAUAAAUAUUAAUUGUAUUGUAUAGGGUCAUCCAUAUGCAAUACUUUUUUUAGAGCCGCGAUGAAUUGAAAUCAAAAAUCUAUAUCAAUCUUUUUUUUUUAUAAGAUACAAAAUGAGAUUUUAUUUUAUUUCAUAAUAUUAGUUUAUAUAAAUUUUUAAGUCGUUGAAUCGUUUACACUAUAUCUCUCCAUUGCUUCUCAUUACAGUUCUCAUAUUGAAAGUUAUCAAGCAUAUCUUUUGCUCAUUAUUAUCAUAAUGAAAAAGUCAGAUCGGAAUUAAACGUAUUAUAAUAGUAUGCUGAGAUUGUUAGAAGUUUAAUGAAAAACUUAGAAAAGAGUAUAUAUGAUAUCUAAAUAUAUAUAUAUAUAUCUACUAAAUUAUGCUCUUCUUUAAAGGAACAGUAUUAUUCAGUCUCUUUAAAGUUUCUCAUUUGCGCAUGUUAGCUUACAAAUUGCAAGUAUUUUAUCCAGAAGAUUAAUUAGAAAUUUGAUUAUUUUUUAUCCUCAUCUAUUCGUCUUGUUAUUCUUAUAGAAAGGUAACAGAGAAAGAAAAUUCUUUGUCCAGCAAUUUUUUGCUAUGAAAUUGUAUUAUUCUUUAGGAGUAUACGUAAUAAUUUACGGAGAAAUACGGCAAUGACAUUUGAAAGACAAAUUAAUUAUUGUAUAAAAAUAAAUGAGAGAUGAAGGAUUAAUGAUGCAUUCAAAAAUUAGAAUACCAAGAGAUUUAUUAAAUAUAAUCGAUCAAAUGUAAUGUUCUCAUGUAAAUGUAUAUUUAUUGUUUGAAAGGAAAUAUGGAACAAGUAACAAAGUUGCACUUCCUUUGUGACAAAGCAUUUUACAAAUAUUUAAUAUACUUUAGUCAUAAGAAAAAGACAAGUGACCUAAUCAACAUCAGUGUAUAUACUGAUAGAGUAUUGUUGAUAAGGAACAAAACAUCUUACUCAUUUCAAACAUUAAAUUCUUAGAUUAUUGAGGUCUUUUUGUUGAUUAUUGAAUAAUAAAAGAAUCAUUUAAGAAAUCAAAAGUUCAAUCGUACAAUCGACAUAUUUCUAAAUAUAUAUUUUGGCAAUAAUUAGCAACACUGCUACUGAAACGUCUUCAAUUUUAAAUUACAGAUGUUUCUAUUUAUUUAUCUACAAUUAAUGAUAAUUUUAUUAUUGUUUACACACGUUUAUACAGCUUUAGCAUUCUAUAGCUAUUUCAUCAUUGAAAGGCCUAAUAUUAUUAUUUUUCUCUCCUAUUAUUUAUCAGAAAAUUAAGCUUUAUUAUUACAUUUACAUGCUGGUUAUGGUUAGAAUAUGUUAUGCUUGAAUUAUUAUAAUCUACAAACUUCUAUAAUAAAUAUAUCAUAUGAAACAGCUUAUGUAUUCGAAAUAGUUUUGACAUUUAUAAUUUAAAAAUGUCAAACAUUAAAGAAUUUAAUUGCCUUUUAGCAGAACUAAAUCUGAUGCAUUAUAUAUUAGGUAAACAAUAUAUAGGUGCUGGAUAAUAAUGCUAAAUAAAUAAAGUUUACUAUAAUAGAUUUUGAAUAAAAUACGUAUAUUUGCAAUAUCAUAAUUCUUCAUACAUAAUAUAUACAAAUCAUAACAAUUAUUUAUAUUGCGUAUGAUUACCUUAAAAAAUGUAAUAAAAAAAAGAUUUAAUUUAUAUAUACAAUUUCGAUUAUCUACAUAUUACUGUUAAAAAAAAAAUUAUAAUAAAUUCUUUUAUAAUAUAUACA